CUUGGGCCACUCUUCAAAUUUUAUGUAUUUCAAAUAAAUCCAUAAUGCGUUUGGAUAUGAUGAAAUGAGCCCUUGCCGUUGGUUCUGUGAAAGAGACGGGUUAGAUGAUGAGAGAUGCGAUUCCAAUCAUUGCAUCUUGCGCUCAACAUGCCACAACAGAGUCCCGUGACCGUGACAUGAGACGGGCGGGCACGUUCUUCGACUCGUUCCUCCCCAGCUGCUUUCCCGCCCAUUUCCACGAUAGUCGUAUCACGAGCCACGGCGGUCACUGCUAUCGAGUCUCGUUCUGCUCCUGCUUUUUUCAAAGGAAGCGCAUCCCACAUCUUCGCCGUCGCCGUCUUCAUACCAUAGCGCGCGCUGACGUGUCUUUGCCUCAGGUGCUUCAAGCUACGACGCUGCAAAUCCUUCAGUUUGAAGAUACGCUCGCGGGUGCUCCUGCAGCCAAACGCGCCCAGCACACCACCGCUGGUGCCGACACACCUUCUCCCGGUAGAGACACUGCCUCUCCGAGCAAGGCAGACGACAAGAAGCCCAAGAUGCAGGACAAUAGAUCUUUGAUCGGCUCAAGAAGGAGUGCAAGUCCGACAGCGUCAAGUUUCAAGGGCCAUGCUGUUCCAGCCGACCAAGGAUCACAAGCCGAAGAGCAGGUCCACUUGAUGUGCCUCUCGACGUUCCUAGCGACUGGCAGGCAGAAGCUGAUCGAUAGACGUCUAGACAAGCGCGGCACACGUCCGCGAGACUUCUUCAAGGAGAAGCCGCAAUCCCUGAAGGGCAAUAUCGGGAGCCACAGCGGUGCACAACCGUCUUCCUCUGACUCUUCACUUUCCGCUCUACAUCUUCAGCCUGACGGGAGAGCCCAGGUAUCCCGCAGCGCACCGUCGGGACCUUCGGCGGCAGAGGCGGCCAGGGCAAGUCCGUCAAGCAGGGCAGCGGGGACGUCGAGAUCGCCUCCGCCGAGGCCAACUGCUCGAAGACAGCCGUCAAGUGCUCGAUCAGGCUCGAGGGUAGCAGGUUGGAGGGUACGGCUGCUAUGA